CAACCAACAAGAUGAGGAACAACAACAUAAUCAAUCCGAUGGAGAUGAUUCUGACCACACCCCAUCUUCUGCCUCUGAUGAAAAUUCCGAGGCGAUGUUCAGAGUUUCGUGUCGUUUGAGCUGGGAUGUCCGUGUUUUCUGAAUUUCCCCGAUUUGAUUCGUAAUGGGUCGCUUGCAUGUUUGGAUUUUCGUCUUGUUCAUAUUUGUGUUUGUAGAACUUCAGGAAAUUCGUAAAGAUGUCCAAUGUCCAAUUUGCCUUGGUAUUAUUAAGAAGACACGAACUGUUAUGGAAUGCUUGCACCGGUUUUGCAGAGAAUGCAUUGACAAGUCGAUGCGACUAGGGAACAAUGAAUGCCCUGCUUGUCGCACGCACUGUGCCAGUCGUCGUUCUUUGAGAGAUGAUCCAAACUUCGAUGCCCUAAUUGCAGCUUUAUAUUCAGAUAUUGAGAAGUAUGAGGAAGAGGAGCUUGAAUUUCGUGAAGAGGACAAGAACCGCAAUAAGCUGAUUCAAGCUUCAAUUGCAAAAGUAGUUCAACGGCAAUCUGAAGCACUGGUUAAGAGACGUAAAGAUACACCAGGUACAUUUGUAACAAGAUCACAGCGCAAUCAAAGGAAUGUUCUUUCUAGGAGACAAAACCAAGUGAUUGAUAUUCAAGGAUCUGAAAAUAAUGAGGAAAAUGACAAAAAUGAAAAGGACUCAUCUUCCGCCGAUGAGGGAUGCACAGAACUCAGGCAGAGAAAGCGGAAGAGGCGGAACAGAGCUCGCCCGUGUCAGCCAACAUCAUCGACAGCAAGUCCUGAUGGUGGAUGUGCAGAAAGUGAUAUGGAUAUAAGCAGAGAUAAUCGAGGAAUUUCGUCAAGGCAGGUGUCAAAACCUCAAAAACUUACUUGGGGAAGGGGUGGUUUUAGGAGUCACACACGGCAUGGCAGUGGCAGUGGUAGCAAUAGCAAAAGUUCCCGCAAGGGUCGCUUGGCUAAGUUGGUUGAUCAUCUCCAUAGCUUGGAUGAAAACUCCGAGUUAGAUGUCCAUCUCAUGCUUUUUUCUUUGGACAAACAAAGUACACCAAGUUUGCAGCAGCCACACCUUAGCUGUCCGCCAACGUUGUUUGUGAAGCACCUUUGUGAAUAUGUUGCUUGUCAGAUACCUUUGACAGUUGAAGAAGUUGAGAUAUUGGCAGUUAAAGGAUGCUGCAGUACAUUUUGUGAUAAGUCAGGUGAUGAGACUUCAUCCUCUGGUGAGCUAUCAACGCUGGUUAUAGAUCCUAGCAAAGAUGAACUGGAAACUUUGCAAGGGCAUGAAUCUCUGGCAGAGCUUAAAUCAAAAUGCAUGUCUAAAAGGGAGCAUUUGAUUCUGGCAUACAGGCGGAAGGAGUGAGCGUUAUACAGUUUUGAUAUCUACCAAUGCCAGGACUUAUUCUGUAUGUACAUAGGAAAAUUUUCAAUUAAAUAAACUAAAUAAUAUGGUAUAGUUUGGGGUUCUUUAAAAUUUGGUUAUUAUAUAU